AUGUCUCCUGAUGUGAAUAAGUUGGAUAUUUUCGAUCUAGGUAACUUAGAUUCUGGCCCUGUGCAACCUAUUUUAAAGGUUUAUCCUAAAACAGCAUUUGGAUCACAAAAUAGAUCUUUUGGUUCCAAAUAUUUCAAGGAGUAUAACUGGCUUGAAUAUAGCAUAGAGAAAGAUGCUAUUUUUUGCUUUCCUUGCAGAAUGUUUUCAACAAGUUCUGGUCAUGUAGAAGAUGUUUUCUUGAGUGGAACUAGAGAUGCAAAAACAGGAAAAACAAAAUUAAAAUUGCAUGAAAUUUCUGACCACCACUUGACUGCCAAUUUAAGAUGGUCAGCUUAUAAAAACUCAGUGAAAAAUGGUGAUGUUAUUUCAAAGAUGUCUACUGCUCUUCAAAAAGAAAUACAAACAAAUAGAAUUUGGAGUAUACAAAAUGAACUGAUAGAGACGUGUGCUGAAAAUGUUAAAUCUACCAUUAUACAAGAAAUUAUAGAUUGUGGAAUGUUCAGUAUCUCGUGCGAUGAGGCUCGGUCUCACAAACAAGAGCAAUUAAGUAUUUGUGUAAGAUAUCCCCGUGGAAUGGACAUCUGUGAACGAUUCUUAGGAUUUGUUGACGUAUCAGAAAAGCAAACUGCAGAUGCUUUGAUUUUAAAAUUGUCAUAUGAUGGAGCAAAUGUCAUGUCAGGUCACAUAGGAGGUGUUCAAGCAAAAUUGAAAAUAGUUCACCCUCCAGCCAAAUGUGCAGUAUAUGUACAUUGUAUGGCGCAUAAGAUUAAUUUAGUAGUUAUUGAUAUGUGCAAGCACUUAAAGGAUGCUAGAAACUUAUUUAACGCUUUGGAGGCACUCUAUGUUCAUUUCUCUCAUCCAACAAGAAACGUGAAGCUUACUGAUUUACAACUUAAAUUGAAUAUGAAAAAGACAACACUUUCUCAGUUAAGUGACACUCGUUGGAUUUGCCGCUUUAAAAGCUGUGACGCAGUGAUAAAAAAUUUUAAUGCCAUAGCUCAAGUUUUAAAUGAUGAAAUUGAUGAUCAACAAAGUAAAUGUGUUGCCCAAGCAAUUGGUAUGUUAUGA